AUGUCAAACCCCAAACAGACCAAUGCCCGAGCAUCUGGCUUUGGUAGUGUCUUCAAAUCCAUUACCAGGUCGCUCAAGCCUACCCUGGGUAAUGUUCCUGUGGUUAUCAACGCCAAAGUGGUCGGUGGUGGUGCUGAUAUGCAAAAGCUCCUACUGCAACUUCAAACUGGAAGCGCUUCUACAAGGGCGCAGGUUGCCUCACAAAUCACAGAAGCACUAGAAAAGUACUACUUAUCAUCAAUUCCUGAGGUCUGGUACCUCGCGAGAGAUCUAUGCGAUUCUCAACACCCAGGUGGUGUUAGAAGAUCGGCAUUGAAACUUCUCGUCAAAUGCAUACAACAGGACGAGGAUGCUGUGAGUAACAGACUCAAGUUUUACUCUGAUAUUGUUGAAUUCUGCAAAGUUUCCGAGUCACAAGUCGAUAACGAGUUUGACUUGUUCUUGAGUGCUCUCAAGGCUCUCACUAAUGAUGGAAGAGAUAUCCACGACCUUUACAUUUAUGAUCAGAAUGGAAGUUUCUCUGAUUUCCUAUUUCGCUGCUUCAAAGCUUUGGCAGGCCAGGCAAAGAAGUACUCAGAUGGGCCGGACCCUUCUAAAGAGGAUCGAACGUUCCAUAACCUUAUUGAUCUCACCAGCUAUAUCACCAAUUGCGUCCAGUUCAAUUACGCAUUAACAGAAGAUCAAUCCUUCAGCUCAAUUGUGAACGACGCAUUGGCAGACCUUUUCAUGACUCAUCCAUCAGCUGUGAGUGACAAUGCUGCUUCCUUUGCAAUCGAAUACUUCAAGGAUGAGAGGCUCUGCCUGGUGUUCAAUUCGCUGUGGAAAGGUAAUUGUCAAAGACUUCUCAACGCUCACUUCUACGCCAGCGGUGCAUCUUCGGAAAGCAAAAAGAAUGUAUUAAUCACAAUCAAAGAAGCUCAUGAAUCAUCGUUAAACUUGGUUGACGAUGCGAGCAUCGGCCGCAUCAUUUUAGAUGUCCUUGAAUGUUCUUUUCAAGAAAAAGAUCCGGUCACGAUUGAGUAUCUCUACGGUGACUUCUUGCAUGACUUCAUUCCCGAUGAUGCGGUCGAAACAUAUAACUUCAUGAUACGGUUUCUUCGCUUUUGCAUUGAUCAAGCACAUAUAUCUGCGCUGAUUGCUUUGCUUCGAAGUUUAGUCAGAAUAAGAGUAUCAAGCAGAGGACGUGUUUACUUCACAGAUGUUACCGAUAUGGGUGGAUUAGCGAGCGCUUUCAAAAGAGCUUCUGCUGACCCCAACUUUGAUGGAAGUAAGAGCAUAUUGUGGGAAUAUCCAGAGAGCCUCACAUAUAUUCCUGAGGGCUAUCUCGACAGACCGACCAAGAUAAUACUUCUGCAACUGGUUUCAUUACCAGAGACGAAAGGAUCCGAGAAUCAAGCCAAAUUAGAUAUUGGACACUGGGCUGAUACAGUGCGUCUUAUCAUUACAAAGUAUUAUCAUUGGGAGGUUUAUUCGUUUGUUUGGGCUCAUUACUGUUCGCAAUUGAGCAACAUGUCUCUAUUCAAGACUCAGGAAGCUCAUAUUCUUGAUCUUCAAAAAAUAGUUUGCGAUCAGCUCAUGCUCAAUUUGCCAACAUCCGAGGCGUUCCCAACUGAGCAUACUAGUGUCACCAAGUCGGACUUACAGGUGGCAUUGGUGCGUAUUCUCUCUUCAUUACUUGGUUACCAUGGGAUUUUCACGAAAGCGGAUGAAGAUCAAGUUGUCAGCUCGAUUAUAUUUGCCAUGGGCUCUUACGAGAGGACUGCAAUUCCGUGCAUCCAUAUCUUGAAUGUCUGCUGCUACGAGAUUCCUCUUUCCAUCAAGAAAUUUUUGACUGCUAUUCUCACAAAACUACAGACUGGAGUCACAAGCUCAUUUGCAAGUCCUCCAACGUUGGAAUUCAUGAUGUCCUUGAUCAACCUGCAAGCAAUUACUUCAAGUUUCACAAUUGAUGAUUACAAGAGGUUCUUCGCAAUUGCAUUCAAGUACAUUCAAUACGCCUCGAUGUUGAGAGCUCAAAUCUCGCAAGGGAAAGCUUCAACAGAGCAGGAAGAUGUCUUACAGAGACACGGAGUAGAUGCAAUAGUUGAACAGAAAGCGUCAACGCAAUUGACACCAAUCACACCUAUUAUGAACGAGUAUCUUUAUCUUAUAUCAUAUCGAUUGAUCGCUCGUUUAUUCCUUACCAUCAAUCUCAAUGACAGGCGAAAGUUGAGUCCCUUUUUGAUGAGGAACUUGGUGCUCGCCAAUCAAAUUGAUGAAACUGACAUCAAACAUGAGCCAACAAUUGCAUUGGCAGACUUCCUUAUCCGAUUCGCCUGCAGCGACAUCCCGCUCAAGGUUGUCAUCCCUCCUAAGCCGAGCCUCGAAAAGACCAAUGAUGUUACUAACAGUUGGCUUUUAGGAUCAGUUGUUAUGACAAUCACGACAAACACCAUAAACGGCGAUUCUUUGAUCACUGUGAGAAGGCCCACCAGCGUCUCCGUAUUCCGAAUUCAGUUUGAUCCUUCAAUGUUACAGACAACGACAAACCCUAAUGGAAACCAGAGAUUGGUACUCAAUUCAUAUUUUUUAUUGCAAGUGACAAACUUCUUGGAGGUCAAGGAGCAAUUAAAGCCUGUUCCUUUGCUCGAAGACGCAGCCACAGAACGUGCACUUGGAUCCCUUGAUAGAACUCCUGUCGUUUCAUUUCACAAGGCCGGCAUUGUAUAUAUAGGGCCAGGACAGACCGAUGAAACGGCAAUAUUGGGGAACACCGUUGGAUCGGCCAGCUAUCACAGAUUCCUUGACCUGCUUGGAAGGCUUAUACGCUUGAAAGAUGCAGACUCUGUCUAUGUUGGUGGCUUAGAUAAAGAGAAUGGCAGUGAUGGAGAGUAUGCUUAUGUUUGGGGUGAUACAAUUUCACAGACGGUAUUUCAUGUUACAACACUCAUGCCGAAUGUUGCAUCCGACAAGUAUCACUCAUUCAAAAAGAGGCAUAUUGGAAACAAUCAUGUGAACGUUUACUUUGAUGAAUCUGGCCACAGCUUCAAUUUCAACACCAUCAAGUCACAGUUCAACUUCCUAAAUAUUGUGAUCACGCCGCAUACGCCACUUCAGAGAGCAGGGGGUAACGUCGAGGCGGAGGUGUUCAAAGUGAAAACAUUCCGGCGCCAUGGGGUACCUGGUAUAUUUUCAACGACUCAUUUCAAAUUGAUCUCAGCGGAACAAUUACCCACGUUCAUUCGAAACUCCAUUUUGAUCUCUGACAAGUUUGCACAGGUCUGGCACAAUUGCAGCAACGGAGAAUACGUCUCAAACUGGCAAUUACGAGUGCGUCAAAUCGAAUCGAUACGCAAAAGAACUCUAGAGUUACACAAGACGAACCAGGAGCAACAGAAGAAGCAGGGCAAGGAAAAUCCACACUCGUCAGACGGCGCCGUCGGAGGGCCGAAUAUGUCAGCACCUGACGUCAUUGCCACUGACAUGACAAACUCAUUUUUGGAGCAACUACAGGGAGGCGUUACCAAUGGUAGCGGAGAGGAAUUCAACCAAGCAACCAACUCUCGCUAUGACUAUGCAACGGGUGAGGACCAUGGAGCCUAUCAACGUAUUGAGUUUGGCUCUUAUACGUAG